CACCAAUUGCUUUUAUUAUCAUAAUUGAUUUUGCAUAUUUUGCAAUUGGAUCUGCUUUAAAUUCUAUUAUAAAAAUCGUAAGACGAAUCGAAGAACAUUCUAGGAGAAAGAUUGAUAAUGUUCAGUCUACUGCGAUAAAAGAAGCCAUCCUUAA